UAGAGACUCACUGCAGAAGACGCCAUCUUCAACUACAAUACCCAAACACGGCGUUGACAGUCUGACUGAGCAGCGUUGGUUAUCCGGGGAUAUCGCUUUGCUGCUGUGCUUCAGCAACCUAUUUCACUCUCUCCUCUUCCUGCGGAUUGACACAGUACCGUUAAAAAAAGCCAAACAAAACAAAACAUUUAAAGCCAAAAAAUAUGGCGGAGCUUGGAGCGGGGAGCCUACAAGUGGGGGACCCUGCGUUUAAUUACCAGGAGCGAGAGCUAAAUGAGCGCUUGAAGCGGCUCUACCCGGCCGUGAAUGAGGAAGAGACCCCCUUACCCCGAUCUUGGAGCCCCAAGGAUAAAUACAGCUACAUCGGGCUCUCACAGAACAAUCUGCGGGUGCAUUACAAAGGUCAUGGAAAGAACCACAAGGACGCUGCUUCCGUGCGGGCCACACACCCAAUCCCAGCUGCCUGUGGAAUCUACUACUUUGAAGUGAAGAUCGUCAGCAAGGGGCGGGACGGAUACAUGGGGAUCGGCUUGUCUGCCCAGGGGGUCAACAUGAACAGACUGCCUGGUUGGGACAAACAUUCAUACGGCUACCAUGGCGACGAUGGACACUCCUUCUGCUCCUCGGGGACCGGCCAGCCGUACGGCCCCACGUUCACGACAGGAGACGUGAUUGGCUGCUGCGUGAAUCUCAUUAACAACACCUGUUUCUAUACCAAGAACGGGCACAGUCUGGGUGUAGCGUUCACAGACCUUCCUCCGAACCUGUACCCCACGGUGGGGCUGCAGACCCCGGGGGAGAUAGUGGAUGCUAACUUCGGCCAGCAGCCCUUCGUGUUCGACAUCGAGGACUACAUGAGCGAGUGGAGGGCCAAGAUCCACGGCAUGAUCGCCCGCUUCCCCAUCGGAGAGAGGCUGGCAGAGUGGCAGGCCGUGCUGCAGAACAUGGUGUCCAGUUACCUGGUGCAUCAUGGGUACUGUGCCACGGCGACGGCCUUUGCGAGAGCCACGGAGACCAUGAUCCAGGAGGAGCAGACAUCAAUAAAGAACAGACAGAGAAUACAGAAGCUGGUGUUAGCAGGUCGGGUUGGAGAAGCUAUUGACGCCACACAACAGCUCUACCCCGGACUGCUAGAGCACAACCCCAAUUUACUCUUCAUGUUGAAGUGUCGGCAGUUUGUGGAGAUGGUGAAUGGUUCAGACAGCGAGGUGCGCUGCUUCAGUAACCGUUCACCCAAGUCCCAGGACAGCUACCCCGGAUCCCCCAGCCUGAGCCCCCGGCACGGAGCCACCAACCCCCACCUGCACAGCACAGGAGCAGACAGCCCCACCUGCAGUAAUGGGGUCACCCCUAGCAAGAGCAAGAGCCACAACAAAUACCCCGGCGUCAGCUCCACCUCUUCCUCCUCCUCUUCCUCCCCCUCCUCCGUCAACUACUCCGAGUCCAACUCCACCGACUCCACCAAGUCCCAGCCCCACAGUGGAACCAGUAACCAGGAAACCAGUGACAGUGAGAUGGAGAUCGAGGGCGAGCAUUACACUAACGGAGUGGCAGAGAGCUCUCCCGCCAGGAUCAUGAACGGCACGUACAAGCACGAGGAGAUCCUGCAGACAGACGAUAACAGCCUGGGAAAUGGGGUGGCAGAGGACAGCUGCACCCCCAGGCAGCUGUGUGGUGGAAACCAGGCGGCGACUGAGAGGAUGAUACAGUUCGGCCGGGAACUCCAGGCGCUCAACGAGCAGCUGUGCCGGGAGUACGGCAAGAACGCCACUCACAAGAAGAUGCUGCAGGAUGCAUUCAGUCUUUUAGCGUAUGCAGACCCCUGGAACUGCCCAGUUGGACAGCAGCUUGACCCCAUGCAGAGAGAGUCCAUCUGCUCCGCACUCAACAGUGCCAUACUGGAGUCGCAGAACCUGCCGAAGCAGCCCCCCCUCAUGCUGGCCCUGGGCCAGGCCACCGAGUGCGUGCAGCUGAUGGCCCGGGUGCGCUCCGGCUCCUGCUCCUUCGCCAGAAUCGACAACUUUUUGCACUAGCCGCCGCCGCCAAGGCAAUGUACAGGACAGCUAAGAAGAGGACUUUCCAGUUUGUGGCCAUGGUGUCAGAGGAGCGCAUGAGUUUUGAUUGGUGUGCCGUUUGCAGUUGGGGGAAACAUUUGGACGGGGACGUGACGAGAAAGGCUUCUUUUUUUAAUUUAGUAUUAUCAAAUACAGAUUGUGUGACACUAUUUAAAGAUAAUUAUUAUUCUGUUUAGUCUUUAUUUUUAGUUUUUAUUUUCUUGUGCUCAUCUUGGGAAAAAAAUCUAGUUCCUUUUGUUUUUAAGGGUGGAAUGAAAUUCCCCAAAUAAUAUUUUAAAACGUGUGUAUGCCAUAUUAAAGCUACAGCUAAUAGGGUGUAUACAUCAUUGCAACAAAGCAAGAUAUUUUGGUUUCUCUCACUCAGAUCUCAGGUAAACGCAAUGCAUAUGGCAUUUCAGAGUGGAAUGUUCCGGAAAUUCAUUUAGUUCUACCAGCAGUCCUCUGGCUCUGGAGUCUGCCCAGGCUCCUAUGAUUUUAAUUCUGUUUAUUUUUCUUUUUUUUUUCUUUUUCUUUAAAAUCUUUUUUUUUUUUUUUUUUUGUUUGGAGAGAGUCUGAAAAGAUGUGGUGUUGUUUUUUCAGGCAGGCUGUCCUCGCCGCUGAUGUUUAUCGAUUAAAGGCUAAAAAAAACAAAAAAGGCCGAAAAGCGCUUCAGUGAAUAUGCAUGGCUGCCAGCUCGCCCGCCGCCGCCACCGCCGCCUCGACGUGUCGCCAGCGUUCCGCAGGGGCGAGCGUCAGAGAGAGCCAGCGCUCCGCUACCGUCGUGGAACAGUUUCGCGCGUUCUGUUUUUGAGAUAAGGGGGGAGUACCUCAAAACCUAAAGUAAAAAAUACCAUUUUUUUUUUAAAUGAAAGAAAAACAACGAAAAAAUGCAUUUUGGACAUGAUUGGCAGUCGGGCACCUGGCUCCUGUCACCUUGCUGUUCAUCCCUGGCACCGUCUACAGCUUUAUAACUCUUCAGGCCCAUCAAAGGGCCUUUUAGUGCCAGUCAGUGUGGGGGAGCAAAUUAACUAAGAAAUACAAAUAGAGAGAUUUUUCUUAUUGUUUUUUAAUGAAUGAAUGUUGAAAAAUAAAUACAAUAGAAAUCUAUUUCCCCAACCUUUUGGCUUAACAAGUGGGAACUUACUGGAAUAUCCAUCCACAGAAACCAGUAAAAUGAUUCCCAUCAUUCAGCUAAAUAUGUGGGUAUAUCAAUGAUGGGCCUGUUGCCUAGGAGAUGAAUAUAUAUAUAUUAGUAGACCAGCAAUCUAGAGCUUGGGAAUCUGUUAUAAUUGACAAACUACUAACAAUGAGUAAGUUAACAUUUCAUUAGGUAACAAACAACAGGAAUAUAAAUACCUAGGAGUAACCCUCCCGCUCCUUCCUCAUGCUCGCUCUCUUUCUUUGUGAAGAAGGGCUUUGUAUCUGAGUUGUGUCCUCCAUUUACUGUUUGAGUGGAGGCUCUGGUCACAGGGUGCUUGCACUGCAUGCUGGGAAACGUAGUCAAUCACACGUGGUCCUGUUGUGGUUCUAGCUCUGUCGUGCGGUAGUUCUUGCUUUUAAUUUCUUCUUUGUUUUUCCUCAGUUGUGAAAUAACCCCCAAAUGGUUAAGGACCAGGAAAAUUAACAUGCCAAAUAUCACUGCUUACUCAUACUGUGACGAUGACGAUGACUAUUUUUAACAUCUUAUUUCUCUAAUUACACUUCUUGAGUCUGCUUAGAGAGGACAAGCAGUAAUAGUCAUAUAAAAUAAGAAUUCUUUUUUUUAUAAUGCUCUGAAAUAGAUGAUCUUAUUUUCCCAAGUGGAGAAUACCAUGACAAUGUGCAUUUUGGAUGCUGCGCUGUUCCAUCCUAAGUCAUAGAAUUCCUAGGUCUGAUGUAGCCAUUGAAAGCAACAGUGGAAAGGUACGUGAGCAGGGCAGUCCUAAUGGACCGGAGUUCCAUGUUCCAAAUCCGCGAUGGAAAAUCUCUCCCUCUCUCCUUCACCAGCCGUGUUACGCCCCAUACUUCAGUGAGGCUGAGCUCUGUGAGUCAGGGCCACUUCCAGCCUUGAUUUGACUCCAGCAGCAAAGGGGGGGGGACCUCCAGGUUUAGGCCACUCCCCCCUGUUACUGCUCCUGCCUCUCUUAAGCUUGGAAGCAGCUGCGCUAAUUCAUUAGCUCUGACCCAGCCACUGCUAGAAUACGUGGCUAUGGAUUUCAUUGGUUUUGGUCAUUUUUCUUAAAUUAAUGAUUUUCUUGCAUCCCCCCCCCCCCCCCCACACAUGUUCCCUGCUACUAUCAAGCUUACUGCAACUACUCCAGUAUGUGGGUCUUUUGUCGCAGAUUAUUAGUUUUCUCCAGCCAGCAGGGGGUGCUGUAGUGUGUUUUGAAUGUAGUUCAGCAGUAUUCUGUUGUUUUUUUUUCCCCAUUUGAAAUGCUGCCAGCCUUCAUGAGAUUGUUUGCCCCCAUCCCCUCCACAGGUGUUGAGGUCAGUUAAUUUCUGCUGCUGACCCCUAACACAGUAGGCCACGGUAGGGUAGAGGGGGAAAGGGUACAUUUUCUGCUGCUUCCUCCUGUUUGGUGUUCAGUUUGCAGAGUGUCACUCAGAACCUUUUUUUCUGAAGAAGGGCUUGAUGGGAAGUGAAGUCCAGAGGUAGUCUAAGCGUAUUCUGCAACCUCUUGGCCCAGGUGUUCAUUUCUCAUUUUAUGGAACUGCUGAGCAGAUUAAUGCUCAGCAACUCCUUUCCACUGGGAAGAGUAUAGAAACCAAUCAGCUGGCUUUCUAAUAGGUAUUGAAUGACUAAUUAUGUGAUUUAACUUGAGUAGAAAAUCUCCUAUGGGGCUACUGUUAUGCCAUAGGAUUACUGCAGUAUAUAAUUCUUAACACUGUAGCACAGAUACGUAAAUGUGACACCAGCCAUUAAUUAGUAAUAAUACCAUAUACCCAGCCUGUCUGCUAUUUUUUGUGUUUCUGUCAAUUUAAAUCAUGCAGUAUAGAGAGCAGAGACGUAUAUUUGAUGAUGACUAUGAUAAUGUUGUUUUUAAAAAACCAUGCAAACAGGCAUUUCAGUAAAAAGUUUCUUACCGUUCUUGGAACAGUCGUCUUCUUUGCUACUGGGUCUUCAGACAGAUCUCAAAUAACAGCUCCUGCUUCAAGACACCUCAUGGUUUCUUGUGUAACAGGGCCUUUUUUAGAUUUUAUUUUUAAGACUGCUCAUAAAAUCAAUUUCAAUUGGCAAGCCGGGUGUUCUAAUGCAUACUCAAUGCAUAGUUAAGCCACAUGACAAUGUUAUUUGACAUUUUCAAAAGAUGGAAUUUGAAGGAAAUAGUUGCCUGAUAAAUAACUGUCUGAUAAAUGAGAGCCAAACCAUGGAGGAGGAGUUUGUGUUUUGUAAAACAGAUGAGGUUCUAACACCUGGAAACCUCCCCCUCCCCUUCCCAAGCAGCCAUACUUCCAAAUUGUCCAGGUUUCAAUAUCUUUUAAGAUUAUUGUUUUGUUUGAAGUCGAGUGCGCUUCAAAUACACCCCAAAAUAACAGGGGAAACUGAAUUAGAUUCGUUAAAUAUAUAUACAAGUUGUGCACAAUUAAUUUUAUUAUGAUUUGAAUUUUAUUUGAGUUUGAUUUUAGUAUUUGUGAAAUAAGUUACCCUCUCUACUUAGCAUGAACCUUUGAAAACCUUUAAAACAAAAUAAAAAAAGAAAAACAUAAUUAUGAAAAAAAAAAAAACUAUGUACUGGAAAUAUGGUAAAGAAAUAUUGUAUUCUGUUGUAUUUUGACAGAAUUAUUUUUAUUAAAAUACACAUCCAUGUGCAAAUUA